AUGGAAGAAGCGGCGGCGGCGGCGGUUUCAUCGGAAUCCGGCGAGGGGAAGAGGGAGAUUUGGAUAAAGCAUUACUCAAGCUCUCACAGAAUACUUCUUGUAGGAGAAGGAGACUUCUCCUUCUCGGCCUGCCUAGCCAAGGCAUUCGGUUCGGCAAAUAAUAUGAUCGCGACUUCCUACGAGAAAUUGUUGGAGAAGCAUUCGACUGCUAGGAUUCACCUUGAUGAGCUUAAAAGACUAGGGUGCACAUUGUUACAUGGAAUUAAUGUGAAAUACAUUCAUGAAGAUAGCUUCUUGAAAGUCAAGCGGUUCGACCGAAUCAUCUUCAAUUUUCCUCAUGCAGGACAUUAUUUAGGGUUCGGUGAGAACAACGAAGAGCUCAUUUUGAUGCACAAGAAGUUAGUUUGUAAUUUCUUUAGUAGGGCAAGACGCUUGCUAAGUGAAAAUGGUGAGAUACAUUUCACUCAUAGGGAUGAUCAUCCUUAUGAUAAUUGGGAGAUUAGAGGUUCAGCAAAGCAGAGAGGUCUACUCCUGAAGGAAAUGGUGAAGUUUCAUAAGGAAGAUUAUCCUGGUUAUGAAAAUAAGAGAGGAGGCGAUAUCAGGAGCAACGAAACAUUUUCUCUUGGUGAUGAGUGUUUCACUUCUAAGUUUUACUUGAACAAAACAUGGAUUUAG